UUCUAUCUUUUACUUUCCAAUUUGCUUUUCAGUAGCUCCCCAAAUAUCCUUCCGCUUAUUGCAAUGGAGACCCCUUCAUCUACAAGACGAGUCACCAGGUCCCAGACUUUGGCUGCUUUGAACAACAGCAAUAUCCCUCUUUCCAAGGGAAAUAAGGAAAAGCCACAAGAAAGGUCUGCUCUUAUUGAUAUAACAAAUGACUCCCCUAUUGUUGGGCUUGCAAUGGAAACACCGUCAUCUGUUAUAGGUAAGCAGCGGAGUAGUAGAGCCAAGAGCAUGAUGAUGACUCCUGGUUCUGGUGAGGCUUUGUUGAGAGGUCAAGUCAAGACUCUGUUGCAAAAAGUUGAAGAGGAAGCUGAGGUUUCAAAAGUUUCAAUGGAAAGCCGUCCUUUUCUUCGAUUUCAGGCUGGAUGUGGGAAUUCCCCAAUGGGACUUAUGGCCCCUACUCCUGCAAACACACCACACUUUUCAGGUCUUUCUGAGGAUGGAAAUGGAAUUGGAGGUAUUAACAAUAGUGGGUUGGGUCCAAUAGUGAUGGCUCUUCCUGUUGUUGAACAACAGUUUAGGACUUCUGAGGUGGUGAGUCUUGAGUCACAGAGAAGUGUGAUAACUAGGUCAUUGCUGCAUGAUUUUUCUGAGCAAUCAUCAGAUUCUGGAGUGACUGAUCAAGGAAAAAGUAGUGCAUGCAAAGAGAAGGCCUCCAGUAUUUGGUCUAUCCAGUUUAAUGCCAGCAUUGAUGAUGAAGAUGAUGAGGAACCAAUUGAAGAAAUGGGAGAUGACUACUAUGAGGGAGAAGAAGAAGAAGAAGAAGAUGAUGAUGAUGAUGAUGGAGGAUUGGUUGAUGAGCUUUGUGAAGGUUUAAGCAAGAUAAGCAUGAAAGAGAUGUUUAGAGGAAGACAUACAAGAUUCGUAUACAACAGUGAUGAUGAGAUUGAAAGGAAGGAGGAUAUGAUACGCUUGAAGGGAUUGCCAACACCUAAAGGGAAGCACCUGCGCUUUCCUAUAGAGGAAGAAGAAGAUGCAUGACUGAAUUUUUUUUUUUAAAACUUUUCUGGGUUUUUUUUGGUAGAUAUCCAUCGUUUGUCUUUCUUGACACCCAUCUUUGAGCUGCUUUUUGUUUCCCAAAAAGAUACUUGGAAACUUGAAAUUGAUUGAAUAAUAAAGAAUUAUCUUUUCUCUC